GCUUUGAACUUGGGAACGAGCAAGACCCGCGGACCCCGUGAAAUUCCGGCAUCUUCUUCGGUGCCGGCGGUUUAACUCUGUUAGUCCGCUUUCUGUUCGCGCUCUGGCACACACAUAUAUUAUGGAUAGCAAAGCCGGAGAAGAGAGGCUGGAGAUGCCUUCUUCGAAGCGCAAAGUCGAAACCCUAGCUUUCGAAGAAGCUUUCGAAGAAGAUCACUCUACUGACAGUAGCAGCCGCUCCACUUUCUUUGAUGUCUACGGUCCAGAUGCAAAAGCAGACAUUGUUUUUAAGACACCUGAAGCUGGAUCAACUUUAAAUUUGCAAGACGUUCAAGGACUUGUCAUGUGGGUGCUUGCUGAAGGAUUCAUGCCAUCAUGGAUUUUUAUCAAAAACAAGCCGUUGAUUCCCAAAGUGGUUAUGCUUUAUGUGCCUGGCCUGGAUGCAGCCAUGUACUUGUCACAGGCUAAAAUACUCAAAGGUUUCAAAAAAUGCUGUAGUAUUCCUAGAGCAGUAUUAGCUCUUAGCUGUGUAUCAGAUGGAAUGCAGACCAUAGAUGCACUACUUACGUGCAGGGUUAAGAGGAAAAGGAAUGAAGUUGAUUCAGGUUCAGGGAAACCUGCCCAGACAUCUGAGAAAGGUGCGUUUAUUUCCAAGUCAGAGACUUCAUCACUUAUUGAUGUUAUGAAAGAUAUUCCAUUUCCUAUUACAUACUACACGCUUACAGCAAAGCAACUUGAAGAAAAUGGAUAUAUUCAUGAUCAACCAGGUUUUCUGUCAACUCUUCCUUCUCCAUCUGGAAACCCUCCCCAUGAGAUAUUGGCACUUGACUGUGAGAUGUGCAUAACAAAAGAGGGUUUUGAGCUCACAAGAGUAACGCUGGUCAAUAUCAAAGGAGAGGUAGUGUUAGAUAAAUUGGUUAAACCAUCGAAUCCUAUCAUUGAUUACAACACAAGGUUCAGUGGAAUAACAUGUGAAAUGUUGAGUGGCGUGACCAUGGCACUUAAAGAUAUUCAGGAAGAUUUUCUACAUCUAGUCAAUAGAGAAACUAUUCUAGUUGGACACUCAUUGGAGAAUGAUUUGUUGGCAUUGAAGAUCUCUCACCAUCUGGUGAUUGAUACAGCAGUGUUGUACAAACACCCUCGUGGUGGAUCCUACAAAACUGCACUUCGUGUGCUCACCAGAAAAUUUCUUUCCAGGGAGAUACAGGAGUCUGGAAAUGGGCAUGACAGUAUCGAAGAUGCAAGAGCAGCUAUGGAACUGGCAAUGUUAAAGAUAAAAAAUGGACCUGAUUAUGGUUCACCUCCGUCAUUCACAAGGAAGAAGCUCCUUACUGUUUUAAGUGAGGGUGGUAAAAUCUCAACUUUGAUUGAUAAUAUUUCUAUAGUGAAGCGCUAUGCUUCUGGAUCAUCCAAUGCCAUUCCAGUCUCUUCAGAUGAUGAGGCUCUUUUCAAGGCCAGAAAAGAGGUUACAAACAACAAGGUGCAGUUUGUAUGGGCCCAGUUCUCAGAAUUAAAUUCCUAUUUCAAGAAACAAGCAGAGGACAAGGAGAAGUUAGAUGGAAGACUUGCUGAGAUGAUGUCACUGAUUACGUGCAAGAACUCUGCAAGCAGACAAGGCAUCAAAUCCAGUGUUUCCUCUGAGCUGAAGGACAUCUUGACUCGCUUGGAUGCUAGAAUCAGGCACCUUCAUUCCUGCUUACCUACAAAUACGAUGCUUAUAAUUUGCACUGGUCAUGGUGACACUGCAAUUGUUCACAGAGUAAGGAAAAUGCUUGCAGAAACAAUUGAUGCAACUGUAUGCCGCGAGAAACUUGUAAAGGUCUUGGAAGAGUUGCAGGCCCAAGCUGAAGUAGGCUUGUGUUUUGUUGGAAUCAAGCACUGAGAAUCAUUGUGAAAGUCCCUGACUUGUUACGCCAAUUGGUUUGGGGGGGCUUUGAGGGAUAAGCACUUGUGUUACGACCAGAAGAUGGACAAUCAGCGGCUAUGCACAUACAUUAUUUAUUGCUUUGCCGAUCCUUGUUAUGACAGCUAAUGAAAAUGAAGUUGGGCUAGUUUGUAUUUUGUGGAUGGACGGACUAGUCAAAGCUCAUCUUCGUUCAGUUCUGUGCUCUUCUGUCCUCUUCAACGUCUCUUGCUUCCCAUUGAGAAAUAAUAUUCUGGGUUGAUCAUUGUAUGGGAAACAGUUACAUUGAACUGUUGGGAGUUAUGAAAUGCUAGUGCCACUGCCGAAGUAAUAUGUGAAAAUUAUUGCUCAAAUGAUCUAGCAGUUAGGUUUGCGAUUUUGGUGGUUUUGUCUAUCAAGAUAACUUGUGUUACUGUAUAACAUUUUUGUUUUCUCUCUUACAAUUUGAUCUUACCAAAGGUGUGCCAGAAAUUUUAGGUUGCCCUUUGAA